CUCUUCUUUGCUCGGCUUUAACAGGAAUGAAUACCACGGCCGAAAAGAAGUGUCGGCCAAGAGACAUUUUAUAAUUUUUAACAUGUACAUUGUCUUAGAUAUUUGAUUAGAGAGACCAUUCGGAAUGAAAUUGAAAACCGGCCGCAUACAUUUUUGUGUUUCAUCGACACCGUGGAGCUCAAGGGGGAUAUGUGCCUGACUUAUAGCCAUUUUUUUGCAGACAAAGAGAGCUACUGAAUACUGGUUAUAAAAGACAAAAGGGGCUUGGUCACUAUCCAUGGAAAAAGUGGGCAAGAUGUGGAGCAACCUGAGGAGCCGAUGCCAGACCCUCUUCCACAGCGACAGUGCGGGACCCAGUACAGAGAACAGCGUGGUGGAAGAGGACAGUAUGAACUGUGUGGCGGACCUGGGACGGGGAUGCACUUCAGGCGACGCCCAGGCAUCUCGGGCCUCCAGCCAUUCCCGAAGCCUCUUGCCGCUUCCCGGGGUUACUGGAGGGCGACGUCACAACUGUGUGUCAGACAUCCCCCAGAUGGUAGAGAGAACCACAGACAGAAAAGACAAUGAGGAAGCGAGGGGGGUUCCUGGGGGAGUCCCUAUAGGCCAGAGAGACUCGUACUCGCGCCAUGCACCUUGGGGGGGCAAGAAAAAACACUCAUGUUCCACUAAGACCCAGAGCUCCAUGGAUACAGACAGGCGGUCGGGGCACACGCGCGGUGCCGCUGGGCGAAAGGAGCGUCGCUACGGGGUCAACUCCAUCCAGGAGAUGGAUGACUCUGGAGACGGGGGGCGUAGUCUGAGCACCCGCUCCCUGCGCCAGCGGCUUAGCGACACAGUGGGCCUGUGUCUCCCCCUUCCCCCCCGCCGCCGCUCACUCUCCUCCUUCCAAACCCCCACCAUCUCCAAGCGCAAGAUCCACCUGACAGAACUGAUGCUGGAGACCUGUCCCUUCCCCCAGGGCUCGGACCUGGCCAACAAGUGGCACCUGAUCAAGCAGCACACAGCGCCCGUCAGCCCGCAUUCCUCCACUGCUUUGCUAGACGCCUUUGACCCGGUCCACCCCUCCCCUGAGGACGAGGAGGAGCGUCUGCGCGAACGCCGCAGGCUCAGCAUUGAGGAGGGAGUGGACCCCCCACCCAACGCCCAGAUCCACACCCUGGAGGCCUUGGCGCAGUGCUCCUCUCUGUACAAACUGGGACCAAAGAUGGCCCCCGGCAUUGCAGAGGCCUCUGGGGAGGGCACGACGGCCAGCUGCUCAGGAGGGGCGGCUGGGUCGUCGUGCUCGUCGGUGCAGGUGCUCGGAGGGGCUACAGCCCAGCUGGCUGACUGCGACUCGGAGGAGGACUCCACCACCCUUUGCCUGCAGGCCCGGAGGCCUAAGCAACGCCACACGUCCGGGGAUGGUCAUCUGAGCCGCAACCAGUCUGGGCCCUGGAAGGUGCACACCCAGAUCGACUACAUCCACUGCCUGGUACCGGACCUGCUUCAGAUCACUGCGCUGCCCUGCUACUGGGGCGUGAUGGACCGCUACGAGGCAGAGGCUCUGCUGGAUGGCCGGCCCGAGGGCACCUUCCUGUUGCGCGACUCGGCCCAGGAGGACUACCUGUUCUCGGUCAGCUUCCGUCGCUACAACCGAUCGCUGCACGCCCGCAUCGAGCAGUGGAACCACAACUUCAGCUUCGACGCCCACGACCCCUGCGUGUUCCACUCGUCCACCGUCACGGGCCUACUGGAGCACUACAAGGACCCCAGUGCCUGCAUGUUCUUUGAGCCGCUGCUCACGGCGGCUCUCCACCGGACCUUCCCCUUCGGCUUGCAGCACCUAGCCCGCUCUGCCAUCUGCCGCCGGACCACGUACGACGGCAUCGGCGCCCUGCCGCUGCCCCCGGCCCUGCAGGACUUCCUCAAGGAGUAUCACUACAAACAGAAAGUGCGCGUGCGCUGGCUGGAGAGGGAGCCGCCACUCAAGGUCAAAUAGAGGGCGGUAUCUGGCGGCCUGUGCGCCGCGGACGGAGUUGAAACAGAAAAAUCCCUGCCAAUCAGGAGAGGCCAUACUGAAUGAACAUAGCACUACUCAGUCAGGCAAGGAGGGGUAACUGGAGAAACAAGGAGUUAGGUGAAGUGAGCGAUCCAAGAUUCACUCUAAUCUCGUUAUUGUUUUAGUUAUCAUUUACAUCACUUGGGAUACAUAUGUAUCAUUAUAUUCAGUAUAAUGCUGUCUGGCAAGCACACAUGUUUUUAAUGUUGAACAGGUUCUGAAAGGGAGAGCACAAGCCUUCAUGCUUUGUGUCCCUCUCGCCUCUUUCAUUCUGUCAAGUGUCUGCCUGUUCCCACAGCAUGAGCUGCUUGCAUGCCCCCUCAUCCCCCCCAGUCUCUGUCUAGGCCCACAUGGUUAGCUAGCUAUGUUGUACAGUUCACUCGUGCUUUCUAUCCUUCCUUUUCCAUUUUCUUGAUCAAGCGACUAUACUGCCUGGCGGGCAUCGUUAGGCCUCAGGUGUAAUGUUAAUCAUCGCUCUC